CAGGUCGCUGACAUGGGCCGGCUUCACAGCAAAGGUAAGGGCAUCUCGCGAUCGGCAAAUCCCUACAAACGCUCACCGCCACAAUGGCUGAAGACAUCACCCUUGGAUGUAGAGGAGCAUGUGUGCAAAUUAGCGAAGAAGGGCCUGACACCAUCUCAAAUUGGGGUCAUAUUGCGAGAUUCCUCCGGUAUCCCUGCCGUCAAGUCGGUGACCGGGUCAAAAAUUCUGCGCCUCCUCAAGAAAAAUGGUCUUGCCCCGGAAAUUCCGGAGGAUCUAUACAUGUUAAUCAAGAAAGCGGUGUCUGUCCGCAAGCACAUGGAGCGCAAUCGCGCAGACAAAGAUUCAAAAUUUCGCCUCAUCCUCAUCGAGUCGCGUAUCCAUCGCCUCGCGCGUUACUAUCGGACCACGCGCAAGCUUCAUGCGGCUUGGAAGUAA